ACAUAAUGUAAUAAACUAACCAGAAUCGUCUACCAUUCAAUCCUCCUGGAAAGAAACUUGGGGUCUAUCGCUUUCAUAACGAGAUAGGCCGGGGUAAUUAUGGAGUGGUAAAUUUUUAAUUCUAAUACGAUAUAGGUGUAUUUAGCAAGUGAUGAUUAAGGAAAUAAAUAUGCAAUAAAAUCAAUAAAGAAAGAAAUUUUCAAAGAAAAUGGAGGUAUUAUUGGAGAUCUCAUUCGAAAUGAAAAGAAUGCACUGCUCUAAAUCAAAAAUAACCAUGUUGUGAGAAUAUAUGAAUAUAUUGAGUCUGUCAAUUAAGCUUAUAUGAUUCUUGAACUUUGCGAUGGUAAUAAACUAAAUUCUAUAUAGGUGGUAACUUUGAGGGUUACCUAGCGUGCAAGAAAUUUUAAAUCACAAUUUAUGAAGCUGUUUAAUAUAUCAAAUAAAUUAUAUAAGGAGUUAACGCUUUACAUGAAAAAAGGAUUAUUCAUAGAGAUUUAAAAUUGAGUAAUAUAUUAAUGAAAGACAAUAACGCUCUAUUAAAGAUUGCUGAUUUAGGAUUCUGUCAUAUACUCUCAGACUAUGUAUUUUAAAUAUAUUACUUAGGAAUCUCUUGCUAAAUUAAAUUUAGGAACAAUUGGAACAAAAGCACCAGAAAUUAUCCUAAAUAAACCCUAUGAUUGCGCUGUUGAUAUUUUUUCCAUUGGAGUGAUGUUCUAUUAAUUGCUUUGCGGUGGGAACUAUCCCUUCAAGCCAACAACUGAGGAAGAAUACCUAGAAUAAAUAUUAAAAGGACGUAAAUUAAUUAAAGUAUCAUAGCGGAUAAUAUAAAUUUUGUAUCAUAAAAUGAAUCUCCACCACACGAAAUUUAGCAAUUAAUUAGAAGAAUGCUUCAUUAUAAUCCUGAACAAAGAUUAAAAUGGAGUGAAAUGUUUGAUUGUUCCAUUUUCAAAACAAGUUCAUAAUUAUACUAUUUAUAAAGCUCUUUAAUUGGAAACUCAUUUAGGAUUUAAUUCCAGAGUUUAGAACGUCAAAAAAAUUUAGGAUUUCUACAUUCAAAAUUAGGAGAAAAUAAUUUCAAUGGUUUCCCCUAAAUUUGCAGAUAUUGGCCACUUCACUUUCCCUGAUGAAGUUGUAAAUAAAUCCUUAACAGAAAAAGGAAAAAGCUAAUAAAUUGUUUCUAAUGAGACCUAAUUUGUAAGUACUGUAAGUUUUCAAGAUAAGGAUGAAAUUCAAUAAAUUUAAUAAGACAGUUGCAGAAUAAAUGAGCUUUUUGAAAGGUAUUUAUCCAAACAUAGAUAUUUAACACUGCACUAAAUUGUUUAUGAUCUUAUUCACAAGACUAAUCACUUGAAUGUAAAGUAACUUCUUUUUCCAGUUCUUAUCAUAUCUAAAAAGAUAUUUAAGCUAUAAAAAGAACUAAUUAAAAUCAUUGUUGAAGAUGGAAAUAUAUUUAAUUCACCUUAUUAUAAUAGCUUAAUCAGCACUGAUUAAUGGAAAGUUUUAAUUGAAGAAAUGCUAAAUAGCAAGGGUUGGAUUUAUGAAUAAAUAUAACACAACAUCAAAACUUUCGAUUUAAAUAUAAAUCAAAGACCAGAUGAUUAUAAAAAAAAAUAUGUAUAAAAUGAAUGGCUUGAGGAAGCAUUAGCUUAUUUUCCAAAAGAAAACUUUGAUAAUAUUUUUUAAUAAUGCAUAAAUCGAUAUAUAGGUUAUUUAAUUCAAGAUAUUUACUAAGUAGAGAAGGAUUAAAUAAAAAAAAAGUCUAUCAUAGUAUAUUUAGUAAAGAUUUUGACAGUUAAUGAAAUAUAUGUAGAGGAUAUACCUAUAUAUUAAUUAGAAUCAUUGCUUUAAAAUAAAAAUGUAGAUAAAAUCUUUUCAGAAUCAUACUCAUUUUAUAUGUAAAAAUAAUGA